AUGUCCGCUCCUUGUAGCUGCAAACACACAGAAUCUACUGCUUCACCAGCCAUCUCAUCAGCUUUAUCCCCCGAACUUCAAAAGGAGUUUCAAGACCCUCAACAUCCAGCUAAUUUGAUUUGUGAAUUGUGUCGAUUAUUCUAUGACAACAACUGGGUCACUGGAACCGGAGGUGGUAUUUCCAUAAGAGACGUUGAUGGAGCAAAUCCAAACUUGGUCUACAUUGCUCCCUCUGGUGUUCAAAAAGAGAGAAUACAACCAUGGGAAAUGUUUUUAGUCGAGUUACCCAACGAAAAGUUGUUGCGUACCCCAAAUGAUGUUCCCGAAGAAUUGACCAAGAAAUACAAAUACAAGCCAAGUGCAUGUACUCCUUUAUUUAUGAGUUGCUAUAAAAUGAGAGAUGCUGGAGCUUGUAUCCAUACCCAUUCACAAAGUGCCGUGAUGGUUACUUUAUUAUUUGAAAACAAAGACUACUUUGAAAUCAGCCACAUUGAGCAAAUUAAAGCAUUGCCCAAAUUGAAAUAUAAUGAAGAAUCGGGCAAAGUGGAAAAAAUCGGAAGCAUGGAGUAUUUUGAUAAAUUGAUUAUCCCCAUUAUUGAAAAUACACCCCAUGAAGAAGAUUUGACUGAUUCAUUACAAGAAGCAAUCAAGAAUUAUCCAGGAGCAUCAGCUGUAUUAGUUAGGAGGCACGGGAUAUACGUUUGGGGUGAAACUGUGUGGAAAGCUAAAGUUUACAACGAAGCAAUUGAUUAUUUAUUGGAAUUGGCAGUCAAGAUGCACCAAGCUGGGGUUCCUCUAGUUAAAAGUUCAUAG